AUGCGAUAUUGUCUACGAGCUCCACCAGAAAAACAAAUUACAACUCCUUUACAAAUGUAUGAAUACGUCGUACAAAACUGCGAAAGUAUAAGAGUUUUUACAGAUGUAAAAAAGCAUGAGAAGAAAUUAAAACGCCGAUUUUCAGUUGUGAAAACUCUUGAAAAUACCAGACAAUACCACUGUUAUAUACCAGUUAAAGAAAAUUCAUUCCAAGCUAAAAUUACCUCAUUUGAUACUUCUUCAAAGAAGGUAAACCUUCUACUUCCAAAUAAAAAUAAGUUUGAAGUUAUACUCAAAGAUAAAGUAGUCCAAUAA